UUUUGUCCGUUCCUUUUUGAUUUUUGAUUUUUUUUGCUUAUUUCAGAAGGCUCUCUGAACAUAAUCAGUAACAAUUUUCAUCAAAAUUUAUAGUCUCAAAGAAACUGUCUGAAGACUGUAAUACCUUGCCUAUAUACUUCAUCAAGAAGAAGCAUUUUGUAAGCAAUUUUGACAUUUGCAUAAGUUGUGCCAAAAAAUGUGUUGUGUAGUGAUAUAGAACCUUUUUAAUAUAUUCUUGUAAAAAUAUCCAUAUAUUGUAAUACAAAAAGAAGCACAAAUGUCUGUACUCAACCAGGAUCCUUUGUCAGCUUCACAAGCUGACCAAAAGACUACAACCGAAAAUGAUUUUUACGGUAGAGCACAAAAAUAUUGGUCCGAAGUUCCUGCUACGGUGAACGGCAUGCUUGGUGGUUUAGGAUAUCUUAAUAGAAUUGAUAUCCAAGGUUCGAGUAGUUUUUUAAGAGACCUGAAGGAUUUGGGUAAAAACAACGCUCUCGAUUGUGGUGCGGGUAUUGGACGUAUUACAAAAAAUUUGCUUAUGUCGCGUUUUAAUACAACCGACAUUGUUGAGCAGGAUGCCAGUUUCACAGAAAAAGCACACGAAUAUUGCACAGAAGGUAAUGAGCACAACGGUCGCUUAGGUGAAAUAUACACCUUGGGUCUUCAAGAAUUUACUCCAACUGCGGCUAAAUAUGAUGUGAUAUGGUGUCAAUGGGUUCUGGGCCAUCUCACCGAAAGUGACCUUUUCAAUUUUUUUCGUCGUAUGCGUGUUGGUCUAACAAGCAAAGGAUAUUUAAUAAUUAAAGAGAAUGUUACAUCGUCUAAUAUAGUUGAAGAGGAUAAGCAAGACUCUUCAGUAACCCGUCCACUGAAAACAUACGAGAUUGCAUUAAAAGGUGCGGGAUUUCGAAUUGUAAAAACUUGGCGACAGCAGAGCUUUCCCAAAGGAUUAUACCCGGUUUACAUGUUGGCAUGCCGACCCACAGAAUAAAAAGUGGUUCCAAUGUUAAAAUUGUAGAAAUAGUAAUUAAACUGAACUUAAUGCAAUGUUCAAAUCAAAAAUUUUAGUUUACGAACGCAAACCUCAUACAGGUUCUAAAUGAAAUUGUUAGUAUAAAGCUGUAUUAUACAUAGUUUGUAAAUAAAAAAUAAAUGUACAAAAACAUUAAACUUAUACUCUAUCGGAUUAGUUUAAAUAACUAAAACCGACAACUUUUUUAUACUGUCCUAUAAAAUAACGUUUCGUUCCAUAAUUAUCGUAAACCGUCAACUUCUUAAUUAAAUAUGCUAUUGUGAAUUUUUCUCAAUAUUUGCGUAAAUGGCAAAACUGAAGAAGAAGCAUUUACACUGUUUCUUUUUGCUACGUGUAGCGCAUAGGUGUUGCGGAUUAUAAAUUUAUUUGGCUUUAAAGAACAGUUGCGAACACAAAUUGAAAAUUUAAUAAACAUGAAUUCACCUCCGGUAUUUAUUGACUUGUCAUUGGAUGAGCAGGUGCAAGAGCUGAGAAAAUUCUUUAAAAAGCUGGGAGCCGAGAUUUCAUCCGAAAAGUCUAACAAAGGUGUGGAAGAUGAUUUACAUAAAAUCAUUGGUGUUUGCGAUGUUUGCUUCAAAGAUGGUGAACCCUCGCAAAUUGAUGGCAUCCUUAAUAGUAUUGUUUCCAUUAUGAUUACAAUCCCACUCGAUCGCGGCGAAAACAUUGUCUUGGCUUACUGUGAAAAAAUGACGAAAGCUCCCAAUGUGCCAUUGGCAAAAGUUUGCUUAGAGUCUUUGUGGCGUUUGUUUAACAACUUGGAUACAUCAUCACCUUUGCGCUAUCAUGUUUACUAUCAUCUUGUUCAAGUGGCCAAACAAAGUGACCAAGUGUUGGAAGUUUUCACCGGUGUUGAUCAACUAAAAUCACAAUUUGCCAAUUGCCCACCAUCUAGUGAGCAAAUGCAAAAACUAUACCGCUUGUUACACGAUGUGACUAAGGAUACUAACUUGGAGUUGUCAGCUAAAGUCAUGAUUGAAUUGCUGGGCACUUACACAGCAGAUAAUGCCUGUGUUGCUCGUGAAGAUGCAAUGAAAUGCAUCGUGACAGCACUUGCUGAUCCCAACACAUUUCUGUUGGAUCCAUUGUUAGCCCUUAAACCGGUGCGCUUUUUGGAAGGCGAUUUGAUACAUGACUUAUUGUCAAUUUUUGUAUCAGACAAAUUGCCAUCGUAUAUACAAUUCUAUGAAGAUCAUAAGGAAUUCGUUAAUUCUCAAGGCUUAAAUCAUGAGCAGAAUAUGAAAAAAAUGCGUUUAUUGACUUUCAUGCAAUUGGCAGAAAGCAAUCCGGAAAUGACAUUUGAAACACUCACAAAGGAAUUACAAAUAACAGAAGAUGAAGUAGAACCAUUCGUUAUAGAAGUGCUGAAAACAAAAUUAGUGCGUGCACGUCUCGACCAGGCCAAUCGCAAAGUGCACAUCUCAUCAACAAUGCAUCGUACUUUUGGCGCUACUCAGUGGCAACAGUUACGCGACCUUUUAUACGCUUGGAAAGAGAAUUUGAGUUCGGUGCGUGAAGGUUUAGCUAGUGUUUCAGCUGCACAAAUCGAUUUAGCGCGCAGUCAAAAAUUAAUACAUUAACUGAGUUCAACAUUUUUUUUAAAGCCACAGACAACAACAUUUUGGUCUUUUGUAUUUAUAAAUGAUUUAAAUAAAUUUAAUUCGAAGUAAGGAAA